AUGUUUUUCCUUUGCUCUGUUCUUUCAUCUUGCGUUGAUUAUAAUCUCUUCAACAAUCUUAAGAUAUAUCAAGUCAUGAUAUCAUCUUUCCAAGAUGGAGACCCUUCAAUUGGCUAUGGAAUAGGCUAUGGUCCCUCACAUCACUUAGGAGAUCUUCGUGGAAUAAUUGAUGCCCUAGAUUAUAUCAAGGACUUAGGAUUCAAUACACUUUGGAUGACUCCAGUUUUCGAUUCUACAAACGGCCAAGGAGGCAAAAUAUUACAAUCCACUGGAUACUUCGCUACCAACUACUUCAAGAUCGAUCCAAACUUUGGUGAUGAAAAAGUUUUCAAAGAGUUGAUUGACACUGCCCACUCAAAAGGCCUUUAUGUAUUACUUGAUGGCGUUUUUGGUCAUCAUGGCGGCGUAACAACACCAUCUCCAUCAGGCAAUUUACCACAGGGUGGCAACAAUCCAGUUAGUUAUCCAGGAAGCCUUCCUUAUUAUUCCGAAGUUGCAAAGUAUUGGAUUGAGACUUAUGGAAUUGAUGGCUGGCGUCUCGACCAAUGCUACCAACUUAACCAGAACGGUCACAAUUACCUUCACGAAAUCCGUCAAGUCGUUGAAGCUGCAUGCGAUAAACGCAAAGCUGCUGGAGAGAAAUGGGGUAUUCUCGGCUACGUAGUUGGUGAAGACUGGAACUCUGCAGAUUUAAUCAACCGCGAAACAUAUGGCCAAGAUGGUCUCAGAUCUGCAUUUGACUUCCCAUCUCGUUACAAUCUUGUUCAGGGAAUUGCUUGCGAGGAAUCUGGUGCUGGAGGCCGUGGAGCUUCAGCUCUCGCCGACGUUCUCAAAUCGAACGAUCAGAAAGGCUACACCAAUACUCCUGUUUAUCCAAACCUUUUUGUUUCUAACCAUGAUGUAUGGCGCUUCGGUAACCUUAUCAGAAGCAAGUAUAACGAAGACCAGUCCUCAGACAGCUACUGGAAACGUUAUAAGAUCGCAUUGACCACUCAAUGUGCAACAUCUGGACCAAUUACCGUCUAUUACGGGGAUGAAAUUGGUGAUAUCACCGAUUGCUGGCAUAGCCCAUCACAAACAACUUGUGGUCCAAAUACGUAUUCAGAUAACUGUGCCAGAACUGACGGAAAGAUCACUAAUUUCAAUUCCCGUGAAAAGGAUAUGCACGAUUUCGUCAAAAAGUUAAAUAAGAUCAGAGAUGCAAAUCCUUCUCUUUACAGAGGCACAUUUUCUAACACUCUUGUCGGAAAUGUACUUUUCAACUGCAAGUGGGACGAAUCUACCCAGAAUAAGGUUGUUUAUGCAGCAAACUUAGAUGAACACUCAAAUACAGUUCAGUAUACGGUCGGAGGAACAAAGAUGACAGACUUAAUAACUGGAGCUGUAUUCGAAGGAAAAGGUGGUGUUUACACAAUUACUUUUGAUGGCCUUGAUUGCGGUUUAUUCCUUGUUGAAUAA